AUGUCUGGCCCCUCCGUUGAUGCCUCUGAUCAAUACUUAUCUUCGACUCCGUCGUUCACCAGAAUGGAGACAUCUGACACUCAGCCUCCCGGGCCCAAACAAACACCAGACCAAGCAGACGCCAGCCAACCGCUGUUGUCGUCAGCAAUCGAGAGCGAGGGGCAGGAAAGGAGCCUUGAUGUGUUCGAGCGACGAGGCUCUGCAGGGUCCAGCGGCGCAGGCGAUGGACCAGGCGAUGAAGGCUUUGUACUCUCGCGGAGCUUGCAAGACCCGUCCGAAGAGCUCCCCAUCGAGCUCAUUAGCUUAACAGACAGAUUCAUCAACUCCCUGAGUGCCAAAGUUCACAACUCGCCCCCGACCAUCGAAAAAAUCUCCUCCUUGUUCCAAGUAUUUUACAGUCGUGCCGAGUCGCAUAUUGCCACCCAUAUUUCUGCUCUCGCGUCCCGAAUCAACCGCGAUCCACCAUCCCAGAUACCCCCGAAGUCACGAGGAAAUGCUUUGUCGAAACUUGGAAGCAAGCUUUCCCAAGAAGAUGUUCGAAGCGUAUCCGGUCGGCAAAUGCUGACUGCGGAGGAGGUUGCUGAAAGACGAAAGGCACGGAAAUCCUUGGAGUUGAAACGGGUUGCACUUGAAGAAGCCGCAGAGCGAAGAGUAUGCGAACUUGUUUACGAUAAAAUAUGGAGACACAAAACUACUCUGGAUGAGGUUCGGGAUGAGAAGUUGCGGUCCAAAACAGCAGCGCUACUUCUAGUGGGAAUUGACCUGAAAGAUCUCGGCAUCGAUAUUGAUGUAUCGACUAUUGCCGAGGACAAACAGCAAGAAGCAAACGACUGCCUCACUCAGGCUCGAGAAUGCCUCGCCAAAAUGAACGAUCAGCACUACCCCCUGGGCAAACUGCAACAACUAGCGGCUGCCCAUAAAGCCAUUGUCGAUGCUUUGACCAAGCUACUUCCAUCUUCCUCAUCUGCAGACGAGAUUCUGCCCACUUUGAUCUACUCCCUGAUUACAUGUCCACCAGAAGGAAUACAUAUCAUCAGCAACCUGCUCUUUAUACAGCGGUUUAGAUCCUCCAACAAGAUCGAUGGCGAAACUGCUUAUUGUUUGACUAACCUCGAAGCUGCAAUCAGCUUUUUGGAAAAUGUCGAGCUCUCUAGUCUACGUGCAGAUGAGCCCCAAGAGGGCCCGCUAAAAACACCUAGCGAGUCCAACACUCCAUCUUCAGAACGAGUCGAUCCUUUCCGACCUACGGCAGAAACCACAACCACAUCUCUAACUACCUUUUCCGCGUUGCCCGAGAUUGCCAAACCAGAAGGCAAAGAAGCAGCUUCUUCCACUCUCCCUCGACCUCGAGCUUCACCCGCGCCGCAACAACGCCGCCUGAGUAAUCUCUUUCAACCUCCAACCAAAGUUCUUGAAGCUGCCAACGAUGCGGUCCGCAAUACAGCAGAUCAAAGCUUGAAGAAUAUUGGGACGACUUUGGACAGUAGUUUCAAUUUCUUCUUUGGCCGUCUGAAAGAGCUUCAAACAAGCCAAGGGCCUAGCUCAUCGGGUAGUGGAACAGUGUUGCCAAAAACGCUGGCUGAUGCUCGUCGAUUCGUCGCUGAGACUGGAGCUCAGAAACAGAAUCUCACUCCUGACGAACUGGCCACAAUCAACGCCCUUUCUGCCGAGGAACACUUGCAGUCGCGCAGUAGUUCGAGGAAUGCAGAACUUGCCAGCGGUGACCGAACACCCCGUGACCGGAGCUCUGAUAGUGCCAGGACUCAAGCAAGCAGCAAGAAAUCCAUUAACGAAAAUGUUCAAACCCCAUCUUCCGCGACUAAUCCGAACCCACUGGAGUCGAUGCGGAAUUUUGGGAAUACGCUGAAUCCCCUCAAUCAUAUUCCUGGUAUGAUUAGAGGGUUUGGUCGCAAUGCGCCUGAGCCAGCCGGUGGUCGAGCCGUAUCCCCUGCUGCUAUGGAUCGUCUGAAGAUGUCUCCUGCUUCGGUGGAUGGAAAGCCUAGUGCUGCAAGCUCACUCCACGCACCAUUAUCUAAGACCGAUCCGCCUAUUCAGCGUUUCCUUGAGCUGCAGGAUGCAAGUGAUCUCCGCCUUGGAGAUGUUGCUUUGCUCCUGGAAGAUUACAAGCGGCUUGCCGCUGCGUUCUCCAAGUCCGGACCAGCAUCGAGGUGA